CCGCCCUUAACAGCUGCAACGCAUUUAUACACAUGUGCAAACUUUGCCCAUGUAUGACACUCCCCGAAACCUGUGCGGCUCAACUCCAAAGAACUCCAGCGCCUUUCCAACUCCGUUUGAAGAGGCAAACUUCGUUCAGCCGUGGAUUUCUCUGAAUACACAAGGAUCCUUCUCGGUCCGAAAACUUUUCCCCCCUAAACUGGAACUCACUUAUAGAAAAUGUCUGCUUCGGUGCUGUCUUCCAUAUAUGAUUUCGACAGGGAAAAAGUCCCAAAUUCAAAUGCAAUCUAUCUCCACAAUAUGCUGGAAAAGAGGAAUGUCGGGGUCCCAUUUGCUGCUUCCAAUACAAACAGCAACAGGUCUUUUGGUUAUUUCAGGAGUAACUCAUCAAACCACAUGGACUUCAACAUGAGCAACAGGCUGCAGAUCGGUUUCGAGAGCUCAACACCUGCCUUCAUGAAUAAAGAAAACAAGUGCCGAGACCGUGCGUUCAGUGACACGGGGGAACGCAGUCAACAACUUCAGGAAAUCCUUCAACAAAAGCCCGGCUCUCAGAUCAACUCAACCCGCUACAAAACUGAACUUUGCCGGCCUUUUGAGGAAAACGGUUCGUGCAAGUACGGGGAAAAGUGUCAGUUCGCUCACGGCUAUCAUGAACUGAGAAACCUGUCCCGCCACCCGAAGUACAAGACGGAGCCAUGUCGCACAUUCCACACUAUUGGUUUCUGCCCAUACGGCCCUCGCUGCCACUUCAUUCACAAUGCAGAUGAGCGCAGGGCUGCUACGUGUAACGCUCACCUGAGGCUCAGCAGGGAGAUUGGUGUCCUGGAAGAGAAAGAGUCAUCAAACCCGUUCCUGAGACUGAGGGAAAGACCGAAGCUGCACCACAGCCUGAGCUUUUCCGGCUUCUCCAGCUCCUGCAGCAACGAGUCCACUUUGAUUGACAACCCAACAUCACACACGCCCCCGCCGCCCACCUGCACACUCACUACCAGUUCACCCUGUCUGAAUGCGUUCACGUUCCCCGAUCAGGAUCUUAAGGCUUUUCUUGCCCCCAUCAUCCCUCAGACCCAUAGUGCUUUUACCCAUCAGACCAGCGGUGGCUUGUACAGUAACAUCCAGACCAACGCUUGCCCCCCGUCGCCACCUUUCAAAAUGAGCCACUUUCCCUCCAUGUAUCCACUCUCAGAGUCUCCAGUGUUCGAUUCUCCACCAAGCCCGCCGGAUUCCCUCUCAGAUCCCGAAGGGUACCUGAGUGGCUCUUGCUGUUCCUCUGGCACAAUCAGCGGCUCGGAGUCGCCCAGUAUGGACGCAAAUAGACGUUUGCCAAUCUUCAGCAGGCUGUCGAUUUCGGACGAUUGACUUGCUAUUAUUGUUAUAGCCUUUUAUCCAAGUAGUGCCAACAUGAGUUUCAGGUCAAAUAUCAGUCUCAGCCGUUGGUUAUCUCUAAGUGUUUGUCUCAUGAUUGAGAUCUGAUUAUAUUAUAUUUCUUCUUUCUCAUUUUUCCUUACCAAGAUGAUGGCUUCAACGGUCUAGAAAAAGGCCUACAUAGAAGUAACUCUUGGGAAAACAUUCCAUAAGUUUGGAAGUGGUGUAAGAGCACAAGAACUGGGACUCAUAAGUUGGUCAUGGAAUGUCACUGCAGAUUUUUUUUUGAAAGCUGUGUGGUGUCAUUGCAUUUUGCAUCAUGCUUUGAAAUCUAUUUAACUUAUUUAUUGUCAUGUGAAAGUAUUGCCUUCAAGGAUAAAUUGAGUGUAUGUGGUAUUUAUCAAAUCUAAAGCAAUACACUUAUAUUCCUGUUUAAAUUCUGAUCGCCAAUAUUAAUCUGGAAACCAUUGGGUUUGUCUCACAAUAAUAUAUUUUUGUUAACUCGUAUAUUUUACUGUAAAUGGGUAAAUAAUUUAAGAUUGUAUGCUAUUUAUUUCAAUUUUGUUUACUGUGUGUGUAUGUGUAUUAAAAACAUGGGAGCGUCUGAUGAGGUCACGAUGUGAUUUCUUGUGCAGGAGGGAGGGAAGCGUCAGAGGAUCUAUGGGCAUUUGUAGAAUGUAGCCUAUCUUAUGAGGUCUUUAUGGCCAUAAGGAACUAACUGAUUUCACACCUACGAGUAUGACUGUUUCUUUCUUUUUUUUUUUUCUUUUUUUUUUUUACCAACGAUAACGACAACCAAAUAAAGUGUCCAUUUGCACACAGUUGCGUGACGAUUGCAGUCUAGUGCCAGAGAAUGUAGCACUCUCCUAUCUAGAGGUUAAUAACUAGCUAAUAUGUGCCUGCUGGGGUUGAAGA